AUGGCGAAAGCUUCAUCAAUAUUCGUCUCGAUUUUACUAUUCUGUUGCUGGAUAACGGUAUCAAAUGCCAAGACUCCAGUGUACCUCAACCCAAAUCAGCCUGUACACAAGAGAAUCGAGGAUCUUUUGAGAAGAAUGACUUUGGAAGAAAAAAUCGGCCAGAUGACGCAAAUCGAUCGUUCGGUGGCAACACCCGAGGUUAUGAAUAAAUAUUUUAUAGGAAGUGUACUAAGUGGUGGAGGUAGUGUACCGGCCAAAAAUGCGUCCGCUCGAACAUGGAUUGAUAUGGUUAAUGAUUUUCAGAAGGCUUCGUUGUCUACUCGUCUCAAAAUACCUAUGUUGUACGGUAUUGAUGCCGUUCAUGGACACAACAAUGUUUACAAUGCUACGAUUUUCCCACAUAACAUCGGUCUAGGAGCCACUAGGCAAAUCAUGGUUCCAUACAAUUACACAGAGUUCAUCGAUGGCCUUACCUCAUUAGUGAAGAGACGCGUUAUCGACCUUAGCCGAAUAGAUGAUGCUGUGAGAAGGAUUCUGAGAGUCAAGUUCGUGAUGGGUCUAUUCGAAAACCCAUUGGCCAAUUAUAGCAAGAUCAAGCACCUGGGAAGUCAGGAACACAGAGAACUAGCAAGGGAAGCAGUAAGAAAAUCACUCGUGCUGCUAAAGAACGGUAAAACUGUAAAGGAAAAAUUGUUACCACUUCCUAAGAAGGCACCAAAGAUUCUUGUGGCGGGAACUCACGCGAACAAUAUCGGCAAUCAAUGUGGCGGCUGGACAAUCACAUGGCAGGGACUUUCCGGCGAUAUUACAGCCGGCACCACAAUCCUGAAAGCCAUCGAGAACACAGUCGAUCCCAACACAGAAGUUGUUUACAGCGAAAACCCAAAGACCGAUUUUCUAAAAUCGAACGAAUUUUCGUUUGCAAUUGUCGUGGUAGGCGAGCCACCGUAUGCCGAAACAUUUGGAGACAGCCUAAAUCUGACACUUCCCGAAAAUGGAAUCAAAAUUAUCGAAAAUGUUUGUACCUAUGUGAAAUGCGUAGUUGUUCUGAUUACAGGUCGUCCAGUCGUGAUAGAACCAUAUUUAUCAGAAAUCGAUGCUCUUGUGGCAGCUUGGCUACCAGGGACAGAAGGCCAAGGUGUUGCUGAUGUGUUGUUCGGUGACUAUGAUUUUACGGGGAAAUUGGCUCGUACGUGGUUCAAGACUGUUGACCAGCUGCCGAUGAAUGUUGGGGAUAAGCAUUAUGACCCGUUAUUCCCAUUUGGAUUUGGGCUCACCACGAAGAAGGGCAAAUGAAUUUGAAUCAUGGUGUUUGAGAUGAACUUCAUCUUCUCUUCUUUGACCCAUUUGAUUUUGUUUCCAGCUUAAGUUCCACCUUGGUCUUUUUCUUGUGCUUCAUCGGGAUUUUUGGAAAUGGAAGCCCUGAUCAAAAUAAAAAAAAAAUAACAAAUCUGCGAAUGUGUGGACUUAAAGAUCUUGUUUCAGCAAAACGCGAUGAAUUUAUUUAUACACAGCAUAAGUUAAAUAAGCAUAAAUAGGAAGUGUAUGAGAUAACUUCUGUCUGUAUAAAUUAUGAAACAUAACAUCAAUGCUAAAAUAUCAGCUUGUUGCAGGA